AACAAAGAAUCAAUGAAACUCACUGGAGAUGUGGGAACUACAGUUGCGUACACACGAAUCAGUGGCGGGAGACGCAAUCGACAGUAAACGCACAAACUCAACUUUUGCAGAGGGAUAAAUGGGGGAAUUUGGAGUUUUUGCGUUAUUCGGACUAGAUGCGUCACCUCAAAGGCUCCUCGGCGACGAGGGGUCCCGACUGGUGUCUGUUGCCAUUCCGCCGAAAGUCCAGCAGGUGGUGCUGUUUAGCAGCGGACCUUGGGGUGAGAGGACUUGCGUCAACGCGGACCUCUACGACGCUCAUCGGACGCCCAUCACCAUCGGGAAGCUGACACCUUAUAACAGAUGUCUGUCCUGGGAGCAAUGGGAAGAAGAAACAUGGACGAAUGGCGCAACCCUGACCGUUACACUGGAAGGAGGACAUAUGGCGAAAGACAGUCGGCCUGAAUCAGCACUCAUGUUGGCCGUCAAAGACCACACGCCAAAGCAUGCCGCCGCUCCUCUUGCACCCCAAGAGCUCAACUGCAAAAAGAAGAGGAAGCGAGCCACUGCCGAAGAGCUUGACAUGGGCAAGGAUGCCAGGGUGGUUGAGGAGGAGGUGGAGAACAUGUGUCCGAACAGCAGCUUGGAGCAAACCACGCCAUCGCGAAAAGUCCAACGGCAUGCCAAAGGCCGGCAGAAACUUUUCUUGGGCAGGGGCAAUGCAGCCAAAAGUCAAGGAGCAGUGCUGCCGUCAGGCCCGUCGGGUCGCUGGGGUCAAAUGCUAUGCCCCAUUGAUGCCCAGACGGCCAUCUUGAUUGGAGGUCAAGGAGCCAGGAUGCAGUUCUGCAAAGAUCCCUUGUGGAAGCUCUGCACAGAGGACCUGUCCUGGGUGCCGGCCGAGACGCUGGCACAGGGUCCGACUCCCGAGGCCAGGAUCGGCCACACGGCGGUCUACGACCCGGACUCCGACCGCAUCUUCGUGUUUGGCGGCUCCAAGAACAAAAAGUGGUUCAACGACGUCCACAUCCUGGACACGCAAACCUGGAAGUGGACCAUGGUGGAGGUCAGGGUCAACUUGGAGGGCGGGGGGGGAAUUCCAGGCUUGAUGGAGUUUUCUGCUGUUCAAACAAGUGGAAGAAGCCCCGCCCCUCGAUGCUGGCACGGCAGCGCCGUCAUCUCGGCCACAAAGUUCUUGAUCCACGGCGGCUAUAACGGAAACAACUCCCUCAGGGACGCCUUUGUUUUCGACACAGAGACAAACACGUGGACAGAGGUGACGCUCCCGCAGCUGUCACUUGCCCGGGCGGGUCACUCCAUCGUCGCCAUGGAGACGGCCAGCGACCGCGAUGCCGAAGCGCAGCAAGCUGACAAAACACUGCUGGUGUUCGGAGGAGGCGACAACGAGGGCGCCUUUUACGCCGACGUGACCGUGGUCGCCGUCAAGGAGAUCCUCGCUCUCCUUUGACAGUUUGACGCCACGCGCUACAAGUUUUGGUUCUCUUUUUUUUUUUUUUUCCCCCCUUACUCAUUGUUGGUUUUUUUUCCCUAUAUUUUAUUUGUUAAAAAACUGUAUUUUUGUUUUAAUUCACAUGAAUAAAUUGGGUGAAUUUGAAA